UAGUUGUUGACAGUGUAAACAAGGCACCAAACGGCUAUCAAUGACGAAUCCCAUCGUUCAAACGAGAUUAAAGCCCUGCCAAUUCACUGGGAUUAAAUCGCGUUAUUUUAAGGAACCUUUAACCUGCAUUAAUAGGAUUUAAGAGUGGAUGAGUUUCAAGUGACAGCCGCCCCUUCAACACAGUAAAUACACUCCCUAACACUCAUUGAACCGGCAAAUUGAAUACCCCCAAAUUGAGUUUCAACAAAGAAAAAUUACUGUAAUGUACCAACCGGUGUAGAACAGCAGGACUACGGAGAGGUUUAAACACUUGGUAGUAACAGGAGUAACCUGCGAUUUCAACGAUGUGCAUACUUCGCUGUGAUUGGCUAACACUGGCUACGUAGUGAAUUAGUGAAUUACCUGUGACAAGGUGCAGUUGAACACGACUUGAUCAGACUGAACAUCAACGGCGCGUAUUUCAUCAAUUUCACUUCUGGGAUGUAUUCAUUGGAAAGACUUUUAACAUAACGGUUUCUAGAAUUUCAUUGACUUUCCAGUGAAACAUCUGAUUCAAAACAAUCUUCCUCUCCUGUCACACGAACCAGACGGGCACCUCUGAAAGAAACUGUGGACUUCCAACCACAGGCAGUCUAGAGUCCACAACCCACCUUCCCCUCUACCAUGCCAAAGAGUGACACGUGGCCUGGUGGCAUCACCAUGGAGACCAUGGCUGGCAUGGACAGCGCGGGAAGUUGUGACAGUGUGGUCAGCAUGAACUCGAGUCACAGUGACGACAGCCUGAAGCAUCUCUCUGCUGAGGAGAAGGCCUGCCUCAUGUUCCUGGAGGAGACUAUCGAGUCCCUCAGCACCGAGGAAGACAGCGGACUGUCCAAUGACGAGCCAGAUCGUCUUCCCGUCCCCGGCAACGUGGCUAACAAGAUGGCCCAUCUCUCAGCCUCCAUGGGGCAAAGCAAGCUUUACAAUGUAUCCAGACAUACCUGUGACCAGCCAGACAGGGAGGAAGGUAAGCUAUCUGAGCCAGCGUACAGCUACCUGGUUCCCACCCCCCUGGUCAUGGCCAACAUCUCCUCCAGCCUGCAGCCCAAGACCAGGCCAGGCCUGGAGCCAAACAAGGAGAACUUCCAUCCCGGGUCCAAGGCCUCUUUCUCAGUCACCAAGCCCAGGUCGGGUCAAUGCGGUGUCCCGUCCGAGGUGAACGUUGUGGUGGUCCCUCCUCCUCCUACCAAAGUCCGGGGCCCACCAGGAGGCCCUGAGGUGGGGUUUCCCCGAGGCCCUCUGUCCUACGAAGCUCUGGUCCAGCUGAGGAAGAGUGCCUCCAUGAAGAGAGCUCCCGACAGCCCGGGAGCUGACCCCUCCAGAGACAGGAACAAACAGCCGUCGGGUCCCACACCCUUGCAGGGUCACCAUGGGAGCAGCCACCCCACGACCCCCUCCGACCCACAUCCCCAAAAGCCCACCAGGUCCAACCCCAGUCCACCGGUCGUGGCUCCCAAGCCCCAAAGAAUGCCCUCCAGUGCCUCGCGGAGUCCCCAGGACGCAGCGGCUGCCUCGCCCACCUCAAACUCACUGCAGAGCGAGAGAGUGAGGAAGGAGGCCCUGCUGAAGCUGGGGCUCCUGAGAGACAGCACGCCAGAGCCCAGGCUUGUGGGCGCCUCGCUCUGCCCUCUCAAGUCCCACUCCUACUGGGACCUCUCUGCUCACAGCGUCCUUAAAGAGCCAGGCCUCAGCAACCCGGGACAAGGCCAUCCCUUCUCCUACAUCCAGGGUUCCAGGGAGGCCCUCUCUAAGCCCCGGCCAGUACAGAGCAGCAGCAGUCUCCUUCUCCAUCGCUCCAGGAGCGAGGAGCUCGCCGCACCCCUCUCACACCCACUGAGACCCAGCGGGGUCAAGGCUGCCACCCUGGAGCGCUCCGGGGUCGGGCUGGGGAGCCAUGCCACCCAGCAGAGCGUCCCCCAGCCCCUCUCCGAUGCCCUGAGCAGCCAGAGGAAGGCUGGAUGUGGUCCCCCAGUUGGCUCAAGCAAAGCCCCAGAAAUGGUCUCUUCCUCUGCUGCUUCUGCCAAGCCCGGGGUCCAAAAGCCUGCACAGCCGGUGGGGUUCAGUGUGGUGAGGGUGCCCAACAUGGGAGAGGAUAGAAAGCAGGCCCUGAGGAAACUCGGCCUGCUGAAAGACUAGUGAAGGGUUCCUCCACUUCAGCCUUGGGUGGGUGACAGACAGGAACUAAGAAGACUUUUGGGGCCAGUUUGCUUUUAAGUCCUUGAAAUUAUACUUUGAGCUUUGAACACACACCCAGCUUCUUUUCAGCACUUUCAGUUGACUUGUCAGUUACUUGUACACUACUUUGUUCAGUUGAAAGUCAGGAAAAAGUAAUGAUUGAAAUUGAGAUUGAGUCAUGAAUGAGAUUAUUGUAAGAAUGGUAUUCCAAUUUUUCGAAUGCAAUUUGCUUUAGCUGUAGAAUAAUCAUUGUGCUACAAAAUAUCUUCAUAUGACCAAUUCAUAGAAAAGAAAAUACAAACUGAUACUGUUGAAAUUGAUCCAAAACAUGUUUAUAUAUAAUUGUUUUAAUGAUCUAAGGUUGUCAUUUCAACAAUAGUUUCAUAUCAGUGUUUGACUGUGCGAGUGAUGUAUUUUUACAGUUGUUUCCCCAUCAGUUUCCUGCAGUUUUUGUCUAAAUAUUGUUGUGAACAAAGUUUUAUGUUUGUCUUACUUUCCUUCCUGCUAUUAAAUAACAGCCUUCUUUGUCCACACUUACAAGCUAAUCAUAGUUUUGGUUUUGAACAAGGGCACAAACAGAUGUCUAAACUUGAGACUUGACAGAAGCGCUUU